UUUUCAACCUGCGGACGUGUUGCGGACCCCACGAAAGUGUCUCGCGUUGCCGACCAUGCCAGAGUCGGUUGGGCGUUGGCGGAUUUUGUGCUGGUAACGUGGCCAAAACAUUGUACAGAGUCUCUCCCAGGUAACGCGCUUUCUGCUACAACAUUGAUUACCUUGUGUCACACAAUUUCCACACUGAUGAUGAUUCGGAUUCCUUAUCUUAUCUUCACCUGUUUUUUUUUCUAUCUCUUCUCCUUCGCUUCUUUGCCUUUUGUGUUCUAUUCACCACUCAGAAAAAAAAACAUAUUCCCAGGCAGGUGAAAAGUGUCUAAACCUCGAAGUAACAGUGCCUCUUUUGAUAUACAAAAAAAUCAAGUAAAUUGUGCAUUUUUCAGUCAAUUGUGUAACUAAAAGUUUGCAUUAGUAAUCAAUCUCAAUUCUAAUUACCUUUUAAUAAGUCACAGCAAAUGCAGAUCAGCAGCAUCCAACUGCAUUUAAAUCUCCUCAAGAAAAAACCAGUGAAAAGUGUCCAAGAAGUUAUGCUCUAAAAGUGUUUUGACGCCAUUUUUAGUGGAGCCAACCAAACAAAAAAAAAACGCCCAAAACAUUUCGCGAAGAGACGCAGAAGAGGUGCUAUGGAAACGAGUUUGUCGCGAUUGAACUGGUUUGAAGAGUGAAGCUCCCCAAAAAAAAAGUUUGACCGGAGCUGCCACAGAAGAUGGCGAUUGUGAGAGAUCUCAGACAAAGUGUCCAAAAUUCUUUGCCAAAGCCCCAAGUGCUGAAGAGUGAACGAUGGCGAGGCUUAUUAGUGCUAGUGGGAGUGAUUUGUGUUCUGCCCAUGGGGAUUAGGGCUCAAUGGGAUCAGUAUACGACGAGGGAUCCGAGAUUUUACUCUCGCGAUGGCGUCUACAACUACAAUCCACCGAAUCCAGGGGAUCCUGAAUACAGGACGUACACAUACAACGAUAGACGAUAUGGUUACUACCAGCCCGCAGGCUAUGGGCACUUAUAUCCUGGCCAAAAGUUACCUGGACAGUAUCCAAAUCCACAUGACACCCCUCUUGGAGAUGAUCGCUUCAAAUUUGAUCCGAGUGAUCCCAACACAUUCCAGACACCUUUCCCAGGUGUUCUUGGCGGUUGGCGAGAAGAUCUUCAGGGGAAAUUAAGGAGGGAUUCCCUGCAGCUGGAUCGUGAUGUGUUCGUAACGACAAACUACGGACAAGUGCAGGGUUUUAAAGUAUAUCUCUAUGACAAUCCCGAUCCACUGUCAUUCUACAGACCCUGGCAUAGUACAGUGGACAGGAUAAUGGGGCAGUGUUCAGUCUUUCUAGGCAUUCCAUAUGCGCUACCCCCUACUCUCGAGGGUAGAUUCAAACCACCGCGUCCCCAUAGAGGAUGGCAACUGAUGCAGGCCGUAGAUUAUGGACCGGCCUGUCCACAACCCGUUCGGUACACAGGGGCAACCAAAGGAAUCCGGGAUAUGGAUGAAGACUGUCUCUAUCUCAAUGUCUUCUCCCCGAAAACUGGUUCAGGAGUCCCACAAAAAUACCCCGUUAUGGUUUACAUCCAUGGCGGAGAGUUCAUGAAGGGAGCUUCCAAUCUGUUCCCAGCCCACGUCCUAGCGUCAUUCUACGACGUCGUAGUUGUGUCUAUAAACUAUCGUCUAGGUGCCUUAGGCUUCCUAUCAACAGGUGAUGAGAAUUCCCCCGGAAAUUACGGUAUUCUCGAUCAAGCCAUGGCCAUUCGUUGGGUCUACGACAACAUCGAAGCCUUCAACGGUGAUCGACAUUCGAUCACGUUGUUCGGCCCAGGAGCAGGAGCCGCUUCUGCCGGACUUCUAAUGGUAGCUCCUCAAACCCGCAAUAUCGUAACGAGGGUUAUCGCUCAAUCUGGCUCAGCUACAGCCGAUUGGGCUCUCAUCGUUGAUAAGUACCGAGCUCAGAACACAAGUAUAGUUUACGGAAAGCUCUUAGGGUGCUACAUCGAGUCAUCCUAUCGAUUGGUCGAGUGUCUACGGCUCGGCAGGAGUUUCUACGAAAUUGCAAAUGCUGAAUUUGCCCCGGAUGUGGGAUUCUUCCCCUGGGGACCAGUUCUAGACAUGAACUUCACCUACCCAGGAGACAAUUGGUACGAAGGAUGGCGUGAGAAGGAUUGGCAGUUCCUGAAGGAAACUCCUGAGCAAUUGAUCAAGAAGGGCAUGUUCAAUAAAGGUCUCCACUACAUGACAGGUGUAACGACUCAAGAAGCAGCAUACGCAAUAUAUCAAAAUGAAAGUUUAGCGCCGUAUUUUGAGAUUGAUGAGGAAUUCUUUGAUCAGAAGGUUCGAGAACUUACCCUCAGAUACAAUUAUACCCUCAACCUCAAUGGAACCUAUGAAGCCAUUAGGUACAUGUACACUCACUGGCCGGAUCCUAAGAACAAAACCUUUAUUCGAGAGGAAUAUAUCAACAUGCUUUCUGACUUCAUUUACCGAGCACCAAGCGAUCAAAUGACCAAACUUCUGGUUGAACAAAAUGUUCCGGUGUAUAUGUACGUCCUAAAUACAACUGUUGAGGGACUGAGACUUCAAGACUGGCGAGCAGUGCCUCAUAACGCUGAACACUACUUCCUAACGGGAGCACCGUUUAUGGACGUAGAGUUCUUCCCGAAACGCGACCGUUUGGAUAGAAAUAUGUGGACGGACAAUGAUCGUAACAUGAGUCAUUUCUUCAUGAAGACUUUCUCAGACUUCGCCCGUUUUGGGAACCCUACGCCUCAGCAAGUGCUCGGAUUGCACUUUGAUAAAGCUAUCAACGGGGAGUUGAGGUACUUAAACCUCAACACUACUUUCAAUUCAACCAUCAGGAUGAACUACAGGCAGAAACAGUGCGCCUUCUGGACGCAAUAUAUACCAACAGUUGUUGGUGUUUUGCUGCCAACGUAUCCUCCAUCAACGGAGUUUUGGUGGGAGCCACAGCAGCCCCUACAGAUUGCUUUCUGGAGCAUUUCGGCUGUUUGUCUAUUCUUAGUGAUCCUUGUGGUUAUUUGCUGUAUUCUCUGGCGAAAUGCUAAGAGACAAUCCGAUCGAUUCUACGAUGGUGAUGUCUUCAUGGUGGACAACACAGGAGCAGACGGGGAUGGAGGAGGAAUCGAGAACAUUUCCCAGACUCAUCCUCUGAGAUCGCGGGAAAAUAUUUACGAGUACCGUGACUCUCCAACUAAGAAAUCUGGUCCUCCAACGGACAUCUCUUCAAUACGAUCACCCAGCUCUCUGGCCACAACGCAAAUCUCGGCCAAAACGGGUAGUCAGAGCUCCUUGAAGAGUGCCAUGUCCCUCAAAGAGGGUGCCCAGAAUGGCAAAGAUUCCACCUACGACAGGAAUCUAAACAACAAGGGCAAGGGGAGCGAUAGCAGAAAUUUACUGGCAGAUUUUGAGAAAUCCCGCGAAGCCAUGACGAGUAGUCCAGUGGAUGGGGUCAAGACAGCAGGUACCCCAAUUCCUGCCACCAGAAAAGUAGUGAAGACCAGCAAGACGCAACUUGUUGAGGGAGUGCCACAGACUGAAGUCUAAUUCUUUCUAUCCAUCAGAGAGAUCACCAAGUCAGACACAAAAUCGUGCAUUAUUUAUUCCGCAACCCUCAAUUGGCAUUAGAAAAAAAUUAAGAAUCUGCGUUUUAUUGGACAGAAAUUAAUCUAAAAUUGAACUAAUUUUAUCUUUAGUGUUUUUAAAAUGAUUUCAUGAUAACUUAGACGUAGAGAAAAGUGUUCUCGAGGUUUUUAAACAUGGGAGAUUCAUUCGAAAACCGCUAGGGGAGCUCGAAGCGACGAUUUACAAAAUAUCCGUUAUCUACUCAAAUAUCGUCUGUUAUGAGAAGAUGUUUUAUUAACUUUGAAAAAGGCGAUCAAAUUUGUGAUUAUUUAGAGUUUCCAAAUAAAGCCACGAAAAGGCCAUUAGCGGUUAUUAGUCGAACUUCACCUGAUCUAAAUAGUCGCACAGUAUUAAACAACUACUAAAGGAGUAAUUAAGGGUGCCACUCACGAUUCACUGAGUUUUUUUGUGCAAAAUUAUCAAGAUGUGACAAUCCUUGUUCUGAUUUAACGUUCUUUGUGCAAAAAUCGAGAGAUCAGACGAUCUUUGUGCAAUAAAUUGCACGAUCUGACGUUCCCCGUGCAAAAAUCGAGCUUGUUGAUUAACUUUAUGCAAGGAACCUAGCGAUCCAAAGUUCAUUGUGCAAAAAUCGAAAGAUCUGACGAUCUUCGUUCAAAGAACUAAGCGAUCUGACGUUCCUCGUGUAAUAAUCGAGUGUUCAGAUAAACUUUAUGCAAAGAACUGAAGGAUCCAACUUUCUUUGUGCAAAAAUCGAGAGAUCAGACGAUCUUUGUGCAAUAAAUUGCACGAUCUGACGUUCCCCGUGCAAAAAUCGAGCUUUUUGAUUAACUUUAUGCAAGGAACCUAACGAUCCAACGUUCUUUGUGCAAAAAUCGAGAGAUCAGACGAUCAUUGUGCAACCAAUUGCAGGAUCUAACGUUCUCCGUACAAAAAUCGAACUUUUCGAUCAAAUUUAUGCAAGGAACCUAACCAUCCAACGUUCGUUGUGCAAAAAUCAAAAGAUCUGAUCAUCUUUGUUCAAAGAACCAAGCGAUCUGACGUUCCUCGUGUAAAAAUCGAGCGUCCUGACAAACUUUAUACAAGGAAUCUACCGAUCUAACGUUCUUUGUGCAAAAAUCGAGAGAUCAGACGAUCAUUGUGCAACAAAUUGCAGGAUCUAACGCUCCCCAUGCAAAAAUCGAGUUUUUUGAUUAACUUUAUGCAAGGAACCUAACGAUCCAACGUUCAUUGUACAAAAAUCGAAAGAUCUGACGAUCUUUGUUCAAAGAACCAAGCGAUCUGACGUUCCUCGUGUAAGAAUCGAGUGUUCUGAUAAACUUUAUACAAUGAACAGAUAAGGAUCUAACGUUCUUUGUGCAAAAAUCGAGAGAUCAGACGAUCUUUGUGCAGUAAAUUGCACGAGCUGACGUCCCCCGUGCAAAAAUCGAGUGUUAUGAUAAACUUUACACAGGGAACCGAACGAUUUAACGUUCACUGUGCAAAAAUCGAGAAAUCUGACGAUCUUUGUUCAAAGAACUAAGCGAUUCGACGUUCCUCGUGUAAGAAUCGAGUGUUCUGAUAAACUUUAAGCAAAGAACAGAAGGAUCCAACGUUCUUUGUGCAAAAAUCGAGAGAUCAGACGAUCUUUGUGCAAUAAAUUGCACGAUCUAACGUUCGCAUGGUAAAUUCCAGGCGCUCUGGCGAUUUUUGUGCAAGAAACUAAGCGAUCUGACGUUAAAAAAAAUCGUGCUUGCUGAUAAACUUUGUGCAAGGAACUAAACGAUCCAACGUUCUUUAUGCAAAAACCGAAAUAUCUAACGAUCUUUAUCCAAGAUACUAAGCGAUCUGACGUCCCUAUUGCAAAAUCGAGCAUUCUGAUAAACUUUAUACAAGGAGCCGAGUUAUCAAAUAUUCCUUGUUCAAAAAUUGAGAGAUCUGACGAUUUUUGUGCAAAAACCGAGCGAUCGAACGAUCUUUGUACAAGGAACUGAGCAAUAUAACUCCCUUUCUGUAAUAAAUCGCACGAUCUGACGAUUCUUGUACGAAAAUCAAGCAAUCUGACGAUCUUUGUGCAGAAAAUUGAGCGAUCUGAAGUUCUCUGUGCAGAAAUAGCUCGAUCUGCCUAUCUUUGUUCGAGAAACUCUGAGAUCUCACGAUCUUUGUGCAAAAAUAAUCAUUAAAAAUCAAUUUUAAAAACGAUAAAAAUAUUUUUUCUUCCAUCAAAUUUUGGAUAAUUUUGAAAAGUCAUAAAACGCAGAUUCCUAAGUAUCUGAUUAACUGAUAAAAAAAGACAUAACCUUUUAUAAGAUCUCUCCGAAACCAUGUGUUUCGAAGCAAAAAACUAACCAAAAUCCAAUUGAGGGUUGAGGGCAUCAUAGGAAUUUUCUAACUUUUCUAUAACUAUAAAUAAAAACACCUUAAUAAUUUUUAACUUCUUGUAUUUUUAUACAAAUUUAUUUUGCUGACCACACUUAAAAUAGUUGCACAAAGUGCUGCAUUUCUAGCGUAGAUUUUGUAUUAUUUUUUUUAGUACAAAAACAAGAUUUUAUAAUAAAUUAUAGGAUUUAAGACUAAUUAUGAGUAAAUAUAGUUGAGGGAAUUUUUUUUUUUGUAAAUUUUUUAUUCCCGACAUUUUCGAUAUCAGAAAUCCGUCCAAUUCUCUUCGCUCAAUCCAUCAUCGAGCUGACACAGCCCAACACAUUGGAUUGAUCAACGUCGAUGAUCUCGUGAUUGAGGAAGGAACUUUAAUUAUUAAGCGUAUUUAAUAAGAUCUUUAUUUUUCUCUUCACUUAUGCAUAUAAGUUUUUUUUUAAAUGUUGUUGCAAUGUAUGACUGUUAAUGAGCUUAAAUGUAUUAUUUUUAUCUACAUUUCAAACUCAAUGUAUUAAUGUUUUGUGUAUGAAUGUUUUACGUUUGUAGUUUGUAUUUGUGAGCGUCCAUGUGCUAAUUUUGCUUCUUCAUAUCUCUAUUAAAUGUUGUAAAAAAAAUUACACUGUGUCGCAAUAAACGUAUGUACACUA